AGAGAAGAAAAAUGGAAGAGGGACAGGGAAUCAGAAAGGGUCCAUGGACAGAGCAAGAGGACAUCCAACUGAUUUGCUUUGUGGGCUUGUUUGGCGAUCGAAGAUGGGAUUUCAUUGCCAAAGUUUCAGGUUUGAAGGUGGCGGGAGACAGUUCCUAGGACUGAACAGAACAGGCAAAAGUUGCAGGCUGAGAUGGGUUAAUUACCUUCAUCCUGGUCUCAAAAGAGGCAAGAUGAGUACUCAAGAAGAACGACUCGUGCUUGAACUUCACGCCAAAUGGGGAAACAGAUGGUCCAAGAUUGCUCGCAAAUUACCAGGCCGCACAGAUAACGAAAUCAAGAACUACUGGAGAACCCACAUGAGGAAGAAGGCACAGGAGAAGAGAAGGGCUUUGUGUUCUUCAUCUUCCUCCUCCUCCUCUUCUUCUUGUUCUUCUUCUUCUGGACCAGUGAAGUUCUUUGACUCAGGGGGGUCUGAAAUCUCGGCUUCAUCAUCAACCAAGAAGAAGGGGGAGGAAAAUCAAGGAGUGGGUGACCCAAAUGGAUACUCAAUGGAUGAUAUAUGGAAAGAUAUUGAUAUGUGCGAUGAUCAUGAGGGGUUGAUUAUAAACCAAGACAGCAACUAUUCUUGCCCUGCUUUGAAUCCUCCUUCAUGGGAGUAUUACUGUGGGGAUUCUUCGUGGAAGAUGGAGGAGGAAGAGAGUAAGCUAAUUUUCUCUGGGUAUGAUGAUCAUAACGGGAGGCCACGCCUUGCUCAAGCUAAUCAGAAUUUUUUCUAUUGAAUUUUGUGUAUAUGUAGUUGUUGUCGUCUAAGUUCUUGUGAUGUAGUUCUCUAAUGCAUAUUGUAAGGAGUUUAUGUUUAGCUGUGUUUUUGUUGAACAGUUUGUUCGCACAAGAAAAUAAUGGAUUUAUAUCCAUUUCCUUCUUGUUGGCUGUGAUGAUCUUAGGUGUUUUAAUGGCUGCUUGUUUAAAU